AUGGCGGCCUCUUCUCGUUCUAGCCAGUAUCUGAAUGACUAUCUCAAUGAACGAGCGGAACGGGUCAACAACCUCCAAGCGGAGGUGAACCAGCUUCAAGCUGAAAACCAAGUCCUUCACGUCAAGCUCGCAGAGGAGAAGACGAAGAAUGCGCAAAACGAGGCGUCGAUGAAGGCAAUGAAAGUAUGCUUAAACAGCUUGAUAGACACUGCGGCUACGUCUACGCGGACUAGUGAUGGGUUCGAUACAGAAGUUACGACAGAUCAGCGCAAGCGAAGACGGGUCGAUGACUCUGAUGCUAUCAGCAUCAGCGAUGAAGCAGAGGAAGAGCCUGCAGACUCCUCCAAUUCUAGUACUGUUGUACCAACGACGCGUCCGUCUCAGGGUACAUCGAGGCAGAAGACGCCUACCUCGAGCGCGGCGCAAUCUUCUCGUCAACGCAGGAGCUUCCAGGCUCCAACAACCCCGCUCGAAGAGGAAGAGCCCACACACCCCUUCAAUUCUAGUACUGUUGUCCCUACGACGCCGAGGCGGGAUGCGUCUACCUCGAGUGUGGCGCAAUCAUCUCGUCAACUUAGAGGCAUUGGGGCUCCAACAACCCCGCUCGAACUAAGCCAGCAUAAAGAGUCAAACUCCAGCGCAUCCACUCGUAAUGAUACAGGCUCGAACUUAGCCAACGUCCCAAGAAUCAUAGUUCACCAGCGGGAUAUCGAGGAGCAUCAUUCAGUGCGGGCUCCGCAUGCGCGCAGCAAAUCCGCGAGAGGCGCAUGGGACCACCAUUGGCAGCUCUCAUCUCUCUGCGACAGCAUAAUAGACUAUCGACUCUCUCAGCCACUUCGUGCUGUCAACUCGAACCACAACUUCACCGACUUUGCCAUUCCGGCCGCUGAGGAUGGGCUUUCCCCGCCCGUCGGCGACUUUAGUGUAUUCUCGACCCUCUCAGUCAUGAAAACGAGCGACUUUGAGUGUUUAAAGAUUAAUGAUCUGUAUCAUCCACAUGCACCUACGAAGCCGGGAGGUUUCGGCGUUCUGUUCGGUGGGCCUGAGUAUGAGACGGGCGGUGUCGAGUUGGUGGUCAGAGAGGAGGCUGCAAUGUGGAAGUAUUAUGGAUAUUACGAAAUAAUAAAGCUCGAGAGGGUCGGGUGGGCAGAGUGGAAUGCGGUCAAUUACGAUGUUCGGUGGAAUUGGGCCCGCUAUUUCGCAUCUCACUUGACGGGCUCUGACUUGUCCUCCUGGGCGGCGGCUGCCCGUGGUCUCAGCCGUGAACCUAACGAAAUCGAUAUCGAAGACCUGAGGAAGUUCGGGAGAGCGAGUGCUGACGAGAUCAUGACGGAGUGGAACAAAGGACGCGCGUUGCCAUUCGCGUGGGGGCUGCAAUGUGUCGGCUACAAUGAGGCAUACCACAACGAGGCGCACAGGGCCGUUAAGCAGUGGGAGGAGAAGAAAUCGAGGGGCAAGUGA